AUGGUGCGACGAGGAAAACUCGUUCAUUAUGCCACCAGCCCAACACAGAGCUUGAUUAGCUAUCAACACCACCACGCUUAGCCAUCACAGCGGGACGCCAUUCUUAGCGUGAGUCCGUGACACCGUCGCACGCACACAACAAGGUCAGCCAUGGACAAGAAGAGGGUGGCCAUCGUCGGCGCCGGCCUGAGUGGCCUGGCGGCGUGCAAGCACCUCCUGGAGCGCGGCUGUCGGCCGGCCGUCUUCGAGGCGGACACCGUCCUCGGCGGCGUGUGGGCGCACGCACCAGAGUGCACCAGGCUCCAGACGCCACGGCCCAUGUUCCAGUACUCCGACUUCCCGUGGCCGGAGUCUGUCACGGAGGUGUUCCCGGACCACCGCCAGGUCGCCGACUACCUCGACGCCUACACACGCCACUUCGGCGUGCUCGACUGCAUCAGGUUCGGCUGCAGGGUGGUCGGGAUGGAGUAUGUGGGCGUCGGCGAGGAGGAGGUGGCGGCGUGGGAGGACUGGGCUGGGUGCGGCGAGGCGUUUGGUUCCGGCGACGGCGAGUGGCAGCUCACGGUGGCCGACGUCGACGGUCUCAUGGAGGUAAGGGCUCAACCAGUUUGCACAUACUUCCAAGGUACGUAUAUACUGUGUGUGCCCCUGCUUACACGGCACCAUUGGUGCGCUCAGAACAGCACACUGCACUGUCGGAUGUCGGUGAUAUUGAUCCGUUUGCCUUUAUUUGAUGAUGAUAAUAUGCUGCACCUACUAAUUUGAUUUCUCGGCACAUGAACGUCACACUCACACAUGGAGGUGCCACCUGAUAGAUCCUUAGA